GAAUCCUCGUUCAUAGUUGGAAUUGUUGUUCACAGUUAUGUAUAUACCAGUUGCAUAACGCUUUGUACUGUAGCGGUUAUGGUGUUCAUUCUUGAUGCAUUUGAUCUGGGUUCGAUUCCUGAGGAUGUCACUUCUCAGUUGCUCCCGAUGGCGUCCUCCCGAAGUGGCUAAUUUACACAGGGUGUGCUUUACUUCUGUUGAGGAUGCUAUCAUACGUCCCCGUGCUGGUGGUUCCCGUGCUGGUUAGCAGCGAAACUCAAAUAUCACAUCUUCUGAAUAAAUUCUCUAGAACUGCAGCUUUUGCUGGCAGCCCUUCCUGGAGGAUUAUAUGGCGUUGUGCGAUGAUCAGCCUCAUCGCCGUAUUGGCAGUGGUAGCUAGGAGUCAGCUAGCCUACCUACAGGCUGUAGGCGGCAUCCUCCUCACUGCAUGUUCAAUAUACAUAUUUCCGCUCUGGUUUUACCUCUACAUUCAACAACCGAGCGGAUUUCGUCUCUAUGCAACCUACACAGCUUUGGCCGUCGUCAUCAGCUUCGUCACAGUCGGCACAUUCUACGCUAUCCAUGGCUUAGUCCAAGGUCUCAGCGUAGUGCAUUGAGACGGAUAUCUCACAUUGAUAUCAUCGUUUACAUUUGUUUGUCCGAAUAGCGCCGGUUAUCUCCCGAUCAAAGUGCGUUGGAAGCCGCGUGUCUGUGAUAUUGAGAUUAAACUAUUUACACAGCUCUCUCAGUCAUCACAGUUCUGGCCAUUGUAGGCGCUAUUUUUAGGCUUUUCAUGGCUAAGUUCGAGGCCCAUGGGCUGCACAUCGAGUCGAUGUAGUAUCGCCCUUGGGCUCUUUCAACUAUUUCACACCAAAAGCUUCGAUCCACCUCCGUUUAUUGGAGUAUUUCGUUACCGUUGGAGAGGAAUCAUCGAGUAACUGGGUCACAUA